GGUCACCCUGGGCAACCUGGACCUAGAGGUCUGCCUGGCCUCGAUGGCUGCAAUGGUACUACUGGGAGCCCUGGCGUUUCUGGAUCAGAUGGGUUUCCUGGACUACCUGGGCUGCCUGUACGUCCUAACUCAAAUCCAGUGUUUUGUAGUCGUCACUAAGCCAGGAUUUGCGUUUCAUGUCACUGUUGGAAAAGGUCGUCCUGGCCCAAAAGGCCUUAAAGGAGAACCCAUUUUUGCUCAAGGCAGUCUUAAAGGAAUGAAGGGAGAAAAUGGUCUUCCUGGAUUGGAUGGAAUUGCUGGCCCAAAAGGUUUUCCAGGUCCGAUAGGUUCUGCAGGCACUAUAGGAUUACCAGGUUUGCAGGGUCCAAUGGGUCCUCCUGGGCCACCAGGUCCAAAAGGUGAUGUAGGGCUGCCUGGCCCUCCAGGUCCCCCACCAUCCACUGGAAUACUGGAAUUCAUGGGAUUUCCAAAAGGGAAACAAGGAGAAAAGGGUGAGCCAGGCCCUCAAGGAUUCCCAGGAGACAAAGGAUUGCCUGGCAUGCCGAUCACAGAUUUAAUGUUCACAAUUUUCCUCAGGGCUUUGGAGGUGUUGGAGAAAAAGGAGAAAAAGGUGUACCUGGCUUACCGGGUGGCAGGGGUCAUCCAGGUGUUCCGGGCUAUCCAGGACUGGAUGGAGUUGGAGGCAGGAAGGUGGACAAGUAUGAUCUACCUGAUAUUGGUCAACAUGCUGGGUGAAUCAGGUGACAUUGGUCCCCGAGGCCCUCCUAUCGUUAUUGACAGGGAAGGUGUCAUCUUUUCAGGUGCCCAGGGUGACCCUGGAAACCCAGGAAUACCUGGUCCUCCAGGAGAUGAAGGGAUUAGUGGCUUACCAGGCCUUCCAGGAGUUCCAGGGUUUCCAGGUCUGGAAAGAGAUGGAAUGGGCCCUGGAGGGUCUCCAGGUAUUCCAGGUGUGAAGGGUGAAGUGGGAGAACCAGGAGGAGCAACGAUUGGAUUACCAGGCACUCCUGGCAGGGGUGGAUUACCGGGUCUUCCAGGAGCACCAGGAUUGCCAGGUUCACCACGCCCUUCAUUCCCCCCAGACACGAUCUUGGAUGGAAGGAUUGGGGGCCCAGGGGAGCCUGGACAAAGAGGGCUGCCAGGAGCUUUGGGUCCAAAGGGGUACAAAGGAGAGGCAGGUGAUUGUGCUUGUGAUGGAGGAGUUACAAGAGCUGGCCUAAAAGGCAUCUCAGGUCCACCAGGUCCAUCGGGAAGCCCUGGUGUGCCUGGGAUUAAGGGCAUUGGUGGAGACCCAGGCACUGUGGGCGCCCCAGGACUGCGAGGCCCUCCGGCUUUGACUGGCCAGCAAGGUCUUCCAGGUCUUAAGGGAGCAAAAGGAGAUUCAUCCUACGCUACAGGCAAAGGUGUUCGUGGGGACCGUGGUGCGACAGCACCCAGAGGACCUUCAGGCAUCCCGGGAACCCCUGGCAGGGAUGGACUUCCAGGCUUGCCAGGCCCACCAGGCCCUCCAGGCGAUGGUGGGCUAGGUUUCCCAGGUGAAAAAGGACUGCCAGGAUUACCUGGGUCCAAGGGCCAUCGUGGAGAAACUGGUUCUCCUGGCGUUGGAUAUCCAGGUCCUAGUGGACUUCGUGGACCACCUGGUGACCCAGGAAUGGAUGGGUUUCCCGGACAAGAGGGUCUUCCAGGCCCUCGAGGUAUCACCUUGCCCUGCAUAGUUCCUGGAGCAUAUGGGCCCCCAGGGACUCCCGGCUUUCCAGGAUUGCCAGGUCCCAAAGGCAGCAAAGGCUUUCCUGGCAUUCCGGGCCAACCUGGAUUACAUGGGUCAAAAGGACAGCUGGGGUCUCCAGGAAUAAUAGGCUUGCAAGGAGAACCUGGCUUCCCUGGGCCUCGAGGAGAGCAGGGGUCACAAGGACUUCCAGGACUGGAUGGAACAGAUGGUGUGCCUGGGAAAAUAGGAGCUUUAGGCUUAGUUGGAACAAAAGGUGCACCUGGAGAUGUACUUGGUGCUGAGAGUGGAGCCCUGGGAGAGCGUGGGCGACCUGGGCUCCCAGGUGAUAAAGGGCUCACAGGUGAUAUUGGAUUUCCAGGACCAAAAGGGUUAGACGGAAGACCAGGCCUCCUAGGUAUUAAAGGCGAUCAGGGUAAUCCAGGAUAUUCGGGUGUUCCUGGAUUGCGGGGACCUCCUGGUCCUGGAGGUCCUUUUGGCAUUAAGGGAAAACCAGGACCCUUGGGGUCGGUUGGCCUCGCAGGAGCACCAGGACUUCCUGGAGUCAAAGGCUUGACUGGGGAUGUAGGUCCACAAGGCCCUGCUGGUAUGAAAGGCUUCCCAGGUCUUGAUGGUGCUCCAGGAUCUCCUGGGGAAAGAGGAUUCUUAGGGCCACCUGGGCCUUUUGGUCAAGAUGGACGUCCAGGUUUCUCUGGGCCAAAAG